AUGUUAAAGAAAUGGUCAGAAGAGAAAGAAUGAAUAGCAAAAAGCCGGUUAAAGAUUACUUAUCUAAAGACGAUAUCGUUUUAAGUGGGGACAACUUAGAUGAUGAGGAACCUGUACCUGAAAAGGCACAAAACCACAAAGACCAGCAGCUUGAUAAUCAUAAAAGUGGUACUCAAAAACUUUUUGAUUUUAGACAAUACAUCGAUUGUAUGAAUCCAGAAGAGCAAGAAAGGCUAAAUGUUAAAUUCAUCAGAGCAAUUUUCUCUUCAGAUGCUCCACUUUCGAUACUGGGAAAUGAAGCUAUUGAAAAAUCAACUGCAAUUGGAGUCCACUGUGAUGGAAGGAGUAAUAGACGGAAUGAGUCUAUUGUUAACUUCGUUGUGACUACUCCGGAAACUAUGCUAUACAAAACAAAAAACACCAAAGCUGAAUUACAUACUGGAGAAUAUAUGGCACAGUUAAUUCUUGAAGUUAUUAACGAGGUUGGAGCUGAAAAGGUUUUAAUAGUAGUAACCGAUGCUGCGCGGCACAUUGUUUCAAUUUAUUGGCGAAAGACAUAA